UUGCAGGGUUUCUGAAGUAAAAAUACUAAUUUAAAUAUUUUGCCGAGCAAUGCAAGGGUUGUUUAUGACCAUGGAAUUAGCGCAAUCCUCAGUUUGCAUCCCUUAGGAUUGAUACAAAUUGCUCAUGUUUGAAACUUUAAAAAUUUCUGGAUAUCUCAAUGGGAAAAAAAUAUGCGUAUGUGUGCACUGUGGCAUUUAGAUGAUACAUAUUAAAAUUGACAUUGGAAAUUUCAUUUAUAAAAAAUAUAUUUGGGUGAGAAAAUAUUUGGUUUGAAUAUAUUACUGAGGAGGAGGCAUUAAUUUGGUAAGACAACUUCUCGUGUCGAAAUCUCACCACUUCUCAGCUGCCUACGCGCCAUCUCAUUUUUAUAAAAUGAACUAUCUAUUAUGUUAGAGUAUCCACUGAUAUAAUUCAAGAACAGUUGCGUAUUUAACGAAUUGAGCAUUAACUCAAAAAUAAUGUUACGUUCCCAGAAAAAAAAAAUUUUUAUGACUAUAUUUCUUAAGAUUUCAAGUUUCUUUUAAUGAAAAUAUUUUAUAAUUGACAGUUGGUGCUCGAUCUGACCUUUUCCAUAGAAGGGAAGUACUUUUUAAAGAAGGCCAAAAUUUUGCCAACAGUGAAAAUCUCAAAUUUUUUGAAUGCAGUGCCAAGACUGGUGAAAAUGUUAAAGAAAUUUUUGAACAAAUGACUUUGAGAAUACUCGAAAAAAAAGAAUUGAUACCAUUUAUUCAUCCUGUUAAAAUGGAAAUAGAAGGAAAAUCUCCCGAAUGGAAGCAAAACAAGUACGUGCCUGCUACGCGCACUACCGAGGAAGAAAUACUCAAUGGAUCUGCUAAUAAAACAGAAAUUCUUCCCCAAAAAGAUACAAAUUAUCCAGAAGAUAGCGAUUUGGAGUCUAGAGCUGAAGUCGAGAACUUGAUUGUGAUAAAAGAAGAUAUUAUUGGUACUCAAUCAAGCAGUAAAUUAAAACCUUUAGAGCUAAACGAAAAUUACCAUCCUUCGAAUGAUGAAAAAGAUGUGAUUCCGAAAGUAGAAAAUUAUAUACCUUCAGAAGAAGAAAUGCUACUAGAAGGAAAAUGCCCAGCCUGGUUUGCUUGAAGAAAAAAAUUUUAUUUGCGCCUAUUUUGCUCCCUUUAAGUUAUGAUGUUUAAAGACAAGCUUGUUUUCCCCUCACAGUUUUAAAGUUUUAUCUGACAAUUUUUAUUGGUAUUUUGUUUUCGCAAAUUCUACUUAUAAUGGAUGUAAACAAGACGUACAAGUUUAGUACAAGACGUAACAGGUUGUACUUCUUGGUACUAUAAAACACAGGCGAUGAAAGCGUUCUCUGUCAGAGAUUCAAUUGAAGACACUAUAUGAAAUGUGCAGAUUUUAAUUUCAUUUUUAGAUUAAGCCAAACAUAGUAUUUUUUAAUGUUUGGAAUCAAAUUUU